GAGGCCGGCGGCCUGAUGGCGACGCUGCGCAAGAACAGGGAGAAGCGCAAGAAGAAGGGCCUCCAGGACGAGGAGGAGGCGCCCGAGGUCGCCGCCCCCGUCGAGGCCACGGCCGAGGACGAGUGGGCGCUGCCCGAGAAGAAGGGCAAGGGCGGCAAGGGCAAGCAGGCCGACAAGUCUGCGGCGGCGGCCGACGAUGCUGGUGACGACGGCGGCGCCGACGAUGGCGAGCCCGGUCGUGUGCUGACCAAGGCCGAGAAGGAGAAGAUUAAGAAGGAGAAGGAGAAGCAGCGCAAGAAGGAGAUGGCUGCGAAGAAGAAGGCUUCUGGCGGUGCCGCCAAGGCCGCGGAGCCCGCCAAGGCUGCUGAGAAGAAGGACACGUCGGCCGCUGCUGCUGCUGCUGCUGCUGCUGCCGCGCCCGCUGCCGCCGACGGCAAGAAGAAGAAGAUCCCCGCCCACCUCGCCCUCAUCCAGAAGCAGCAGGAGGAGCUGCGCCGCAAGGCCGAGGAGGCUGAGCGCAUCAAGGAGGAGGAGAAGCGCAGGGCGGAGGAGGACGCCCGCCGCACCGAGGAGGAGAUCAAGGCCCGCGAGGAGGCUCGCCUCCUCAAGAAGCAGAGGGAGAAGGAGAAGAUCGAGCAGCUCAAGAAGGAGGGCAAAUACAUGACCAAGGCCCAGAAGGAGGAAAAGGCCCGCAACGAGCGCAAGCUUCAGCAGAUGAUUGCUGCCGGUAUCAAGGUCGGCCCUGCCGAUGAGGAGGGCGAGACGGAGAAGAAGAAGCCCGCCGACAGGAAGAAGGGCGGCCGCAAGGCUGCUGAGAAGGUCGACGAGGAGAAGGUGCUCGCCGAGGCUGCCGCCCGUGCGAAGGAGCAGGCUGAGAAGCUCCUCAAGGAGGCCGAGGAGGAGGCCCGCCGAAAGGCCGCAGAGGAGGAGGCCAAGGCGGCCAAGAAGCCCGAGAGCGACGUCGAGGAAGACUGGGAGGCCGCAGCUGACUCCGACGACGUCAAGGACAGCUGGGAUGCCGACAGCGACGACGAGGCCAAGGCCGACAAGGCGCUUCCCUCGAGGCCGAAGGCAAAGGAAGACGGUUCAGAAGAAGAGGAAGACUCCGAGUCCGAAUCCGAGUCGGAAGACGAGGAGGCCACCACGAGGGCCCUGCAGGAAGCACAGCGCAAGAGGGAGGCGGCCGAGCGUCGUGAGAAGGCCCACCAGGCCGCCCUCGCCGCCCGGUCCAAGGACAACCUCCGAUCGCCCAUUUGCUGUAUUCUCGGUCACGUCGAUACCGGAAAGACGAAGCUUCUCGACAAGAUCCGACAGACCAACGUCCAGGAGGGCGAGGCUGGCGGUAUCACCCAGCAGAUCGGUGCCACAUACUUCCCCGUCGAGGCCAUCAGGCAAAAGACGGCCGUUGUCAACCCCGACGGCGCUUUCGAGUUCAAGGUCCCUGGUCUUUUGAUCAUCGACACGCCCGGUCACGAGUCCUUCUCCAACCUCCGAUCUCGUGGCUCGUCCCUUUGCAACAUUGCCAUUCUCGUUGUCGACAUCAUGCACGGUCUCGAGCAGCAGACGCUCGAGUCGAUGAAGCUCCUCCGCGACAGGAAGACGCCUUUCGUCGUGGCCCUCAACAAGAUCGAUCGUCUUUACGGCUGGAAGAAGGUCGACAACAACGGUUUCCAGGAGAGUCUGGCGCUGCAGCCCAAGGGCGUGCAGAACGAGUUCAAGAACCGUCUCGAGCAGACCAAGGUCCUCUUCGCCGAGCAGGGAUUCAACGCCGAACUGUACUACGAGAACAAGUCGAUGGCCAAGAACGUCUCCCUCAUCCCCACGUCGGCCCACACCGGCGAGGGUAUCCCCGACAUGCUGAAGCUCAUUGUGCAGCUGACGCAGGAGCGCAUGGUCGGCUCGCUCAUGUACCUCGCCGAGGUGCAGGCCACCGUCCUCGAGGUCAAGGCGAUCGAGGGUUUCGGCAUGACCAUCGACGUCGUCGUCACGAACGGUAUCCUCCGCGAGGGCGACAAGAUUGUGCUGUGCGGUGUCGAGGGCGCCAUCGUCACCAACAUUCGUGCGCUGCUGACGCCGGCGCCGAUGAAGGAGCUGCGUCUCAAGUCGGCGUACGUGCACAACAAGGAGGUCAAGGCGGCGCUGGGUGUCAAGAUCAGCGCGCCGGGUCUCGAGGGCGCCAUUGCCGGCUCCCGCCUGCUCGUUGUCGGUCCCGACGACGACGAGGACGACCUCUGCGACGAGGUCGAGGCCGAUCUCGCCGUGCUGUUCAACCGCGUGGAGAAGACGGGUCGCGGUGUCAGCGUGCAGGCCUCGACGCUGGGUUCGCUCGAGGCCCUGCUCGACUUCCUCAAGGACUGCAAGAUUCCCGUGGCCAACGUGGGUAUCGGCCCAGUGUACAAGCGCGACGUUAUGCAGUCGGGCAUCAUGCUGGAGAAGGCGCCGGACUAUGCCGUCAUGCUCUGCUUCGACGUCAAGGUCGACAAGGAGGCGCAGGCCUACGCCGAGGACGUGGGUGUUAAGAUUUUCACAGCCGACAUCAUCUACCACCUGUUUGACUCGUUCACGAAGCACAUGGACGAGCUCCUGGAGAAGAAGAAGGAGGAGUCCAAGAUGCUGGCUGUCUUCCCCUGCGUUCUCAACACGGUGGCUGUGUUCAACAAGACGAACCCUAUCGUUGUCGGCGUCGACGUUGUGGAUGGCCAGCUCAAGAUCAACACGCCCAUUGCCGCCGUCAAGACGAACCCGGUGACGGGUGUCAAGGAGGUCAUCAACCUCGGCAGAGUUACCUCGAUCGAGCGCGACCACAAGCAGAUUCCCGUGUGCAAGAAGGGCCAGCCGUCGGUGGCCGUCAAGAUCGAAAUGGGCGGACACCAGCCAACAUACGGACGACAGCUCGAGGAGCCGGAUGCGCUGUACAGUCUCAUCUCGCGCAAGAGCAUCGACACGCUCAAGGAGUUCUACCGCAAGGACGUGUCGAACGACGAGUGGCAGCUCAUCAUCAAGCUCAAGCCUCUGUUCGACAUUCACUGA